AUGGGAGGUAUUAUUGAACUGAGGCUGGGUCCCGUAUUGAAAAUGACCGACAGUAUCAUUAAACCGUUUCCGUGCGAGGUGAUCGACAAGACAAUCCUCCGAAAUGAAUGGGAGAAGUGGUUGAGGGCGUUUACAAUAUACCUCGAGGCCGAGGGUAUUGUUACCGAGAAGCGGAAGAGGAGUAAGCUACUGCUUUUGGGAGGAGUCCAGCUACAGUCAGUAGUAUACUCUCUACCUGGUGCGCUGGUGGAGCCCAGCGACGAAAAUAAAGAAGACAUCUAUAAUAUCCUCAUCGACCAUUUAAAUAAACACUUCUCACCGACGCAAAACUCAACGUUUGAAAGACAUCUAUUCAGAGGCCUGACACCGUUGGACACAGAAAGCUUUGGUGAUUUCAUGCUGCGACUCCGCCAACAAAUACAACGAUGUGCAUUCGGAUCCUCAAAAGCGGAGAUUGAGAAUAUAUGUCUAAAGGAUAAAAUCAUAGAUGUGUGGGCACCUCUAGACCUCAAGAAAAGACUUUUGGGAAAGGAGUAUUCACUAGAGGAAGUGAUCGAAGCAUGUCAGGUUGAGGAGCAGAUCAACAAAGAAUCAAAAGAAAUAACAUCAAGACCAAUUGCGGAACCCAUCUGUAAAAUUACACAUCGUGGUUUUAAACAGAGUGGGGAGUGCCCCAGAUGUGGAAAAUUCGGACACACACACAACGACCCAUCAUGUCCGGCAAGAAAUGUGACUUGCAAUAAAUGCUCGAAGCCUGGACACUUUGCCAGGAAGUGCCGAACUAACUUGAACGACCGAUUCCUUAAGUCCCAAAGGAAUAACCUGAAAAGGCCCCGCACGUAUAUUCGCUCUGUCGAAGAGAAGGCCACCAGCUCCAAACUCAAAAAGGGCGAGACACAUUGCUUUAAAGUGUCAAGCGGAGAUGAGGAGGAGUUCAUACGAUGCCGAGUGGGAGGCCGUGAAAUUUCUUUGAUUAUUGACUCGGGGUGCAAGUUUAACCUUAUCAGCCACGCGGACUGGUCUCUGCUAGUGAAGAGAAAAGCCACAGUCUUUGACGUAAGAACUCAUACAGAAAAGCAAUUCCGAGCCUAUGCCUCUAAUAAAUUACUACGAGUAAUGUAUAUUUUCGAGGCCCCAAUUUCCGUUGAGCCGGGUACCGAAGAGAUAGCCUCAUUUUACGUGAUUGAAAAUGGAGAACAAUCUCUGCUGGGCCGAGACACGGCUAUAGAAUUAAAAGUCCUCCGACUGGGAAGAAACAUUAACCGUAUUGAGGAAAUGGAGCCUUUUCCAAAAUGGAAAAACAUUGAAGUAAGCCUUUCCAUAGAUUAUGAUGUGAAACCCGUUCAACAACCAGUGAGACGAAUCCCGGCAGCGCUCGAGGACAAAGUCAUGAAAAAACUGGAUGAAGCCCUGAGUCGAGAUAUAAUUGAACAACUCAAAGAGGCUAAAUUCUUCGCACGCCUAGACCUCAAGGACGCCUAUCACCAACUGGCCCUUGAUGAAUCGAGCCGGGAAAUAACAACGUUCAUAGCUCCAAGGGGACUUUUCCGCUAUAAGCGUUUGAUGUUUGGAGUAAAUUCUGCUCCCGAAAUUUUUCAACGCCUUCUCGAGCAGAUGCUAUCUGCGGUACCUAACGCCAUGAACUUCAUCGAUGAUAUCAUCAUCUUUGGCGCAACUGACCUCGAAAUCGACAGCGCCGUAAAAGAAGUAUGCCAGAUCUUCCAGGAAAAUAAUGUCCUACUGAAUAAAGAAAAGUGCAUCUGGAAGACAAGCAAACUAAAAUUCCUCGGACAUAUUUUAUCCGACAAGGAAAUAGAAGUCGACCCUGAGAAAAUUGACGUCAUCCGAUCUUUCAGAGACCCAAAGAACAAAGAAGAAACGCGGAGCUUCCUCGGUUUGGUGACCUACGUCGGGAACAAAUUCACCUGGGGCGAAGCCGAGAAAACUGAUCACAAGCCCUUGGAAGCCAUUUUCAAACCAACAUCCAAGCCCCCAGCUCGCAUUGAAAGGUGGCUGCUGCGGCUCCAGGCAUAUACGUUCACCGUUAUCUAUAAGUCCGAAAGAGACAACAUAUCGACUCUGUCAACUACCGGCGGUAGAACCAAUCGACCACAAGACGGAAUGCAGCAUCCUUCGCGUCGUACAGAGCUCUAUCCCAAGAUCUAUGACAAUUCAUGA